AUGGAUGGUAUCUCUUUAAGACAGAGUCCAGCCUUGGAAUUGGUAAGAGUUAAGGAUCUGAACACUGGCACAUGGAGCAUUUCUGAGCCUGAUCGAGGCACCGGCCACCUCAUGGCAAAUUUCAGCUUCUCCCCCUCUGACUCUUCAAUAUUCAUCCUAACUGGCAUCCCUGGCCUGGAAGCUGACCACAUCUGGAUUUCCAUCCCUUUCUCUGCGUUCUACAUUAUGGGCCUGUUGGGAAAUUUCACAGUUCUGUUUGUGGUAGGCAAAGAGCAGACCCUGCACAAGCCGAUGUACCUGCUGCUCUGCAUGCUGGCGCUCUCAGACAUCACCACAUCUACCUCCUUUGUGCCAAAGGCACUGUGUAUUUUUUGGUUCAAUUUGAAAAGCAUUACUGUGAAGAGCUGCCUCACCCAGAUGUUCUUCUUUCACGCAUUUUCUACUAUGCACUCAGCUGUCCUCGUGACAAUGGCCUUUGAUCGCUAUGUUGCCAUAUGUAACCCUCUGAGAUAUGCCACCAUCCUCACCAACGCACGAAUAGCUAAGCUAGGGCUAAUGGGUUUGAUAAGAGCUGUUCUCUUCAUUCUGCCUAUGCCCCUGCUCCUGAGCGGGCAGCCGUUCUGUGCCAACCGCAUUAUCCCCCAUACGUACUGUGACCACAUGGCUGUGGCAAAGGUGUCAUGUGGGGACAUCACAGCCAGCAGAGUGUACGGCUUGCUGAUGGCGUUUGUAAUCAUUGGGUUCGACCUGACGCUCAUUGGCCUGUCCUACGGUAUGAUCAUUAGGACGCUCCUCAGAAUCUCUUCCAAGGAAGCCAACCAGAAAGCCCUCAACACCUGCACAGCCCAUAUCUGUGCGCUACUGAUGGCUUAUCCUCUUGGACUCCUCUCCAGUCUGUCACACAGGUUUGGUCAGGGCGUCACUCCGCACGUUCACAUCCUCAUGUCCAACCUCCAUUACCUCAUUCCCCCCAUGCUCAACCCUAUCAUUUAUGGGAUCAACACCAAGGAUCUUCGUGACAAAGCGGUCAAAUACAUCUGCAGAAUGUACUCACCUCACGAAGUAAAUCUGGAAUUAGAUCAAGCACAGAAAGAACUCGUUGGUCAGGAAAAUGUUUCUCAGGAGCAGAUUAAAGUGGAUGGUCAGAAACACUGGAAGGCGCGGGCCAAGAAUAAAACAGAAUGUGGCAAAAUAGAGGCAGAGACCCUAGUUACAGGCUCCGAUACCCCACCCCAGAAGCGGUACAGGUAUCCAAGGGAGACAGAAGCCGCCUGA